CAUAAGUCAAUCUUGCAUUUCUCCCUCUUUUUUUCCUCCCCAUUUGACCUUUAGGGAUCUGGUUUCGCGCAAGUAGUGAAUUAUUCACAGAUGCUCAUAGAUAUCAAGCUGGCCCUUUCAAGUCUGCCAGCGGGGUGGGGCAGUGAGGUGGUUUUGUUGUUUCAGAGUAGGAGGAGCAGCCUCCUCCUUCUCACUGCACAGGUGGAUGCUUGUUUUUGCAAAGUCAUUGUGGGAUUGCUCAAAGGCCCAUUGUGUGAUUCCUUUGUGUCCUUGGCAAGCUCCUCCUUCCUCCCCACGCUUUCCAUAGACCCUGAAGUGCGUUCACGCCACUCGCACACUCGCUCUGCUCUUCGCCAUGGCUUACAUUGCCAAGUCCUUCUACGACCUCAGUGCCAUCAGCCUGGACGGGGAGAAGAUAGAUUUCAACACGUUCCGUGGCAGGGCAGUGCUGAUUGAGAAUGUGGCCUCCCUUUGAGGCACGACCACCCGGGACUUCACCCAGCUCAAUGAGCUGCAGUGCCGCUUCCCCAGGCGUCUGGUGGUUCUUGGCUUCCCUUGCAACCAAUUUGGACAUCAGGAGAACUGUCAAAAUGAGGAGAUCCUGAACAGUCUCAAGUACGUGCGCCCUGGGAGUGGGUUCCAGCCCACUUUUACUCUUGUCCAGAAGUGUGAGGUGAAUGGGCAGAACGAGCACCCUGUCUUCGCCUACCUGAAGGACAAGCUCCCCUACCCUUACGAUGACCCACUUUCCCUCAUGACUGACCCCAAGCUGAUCAUGUGGAGUCCAGUGCGCCGCUCAGACGUGUCCUGGAACUUUGAGAAGUUCCUCGUAGGACCAGAGGGGGAGCCCUUCCGACGCUACAGCCGCUCCUUUCAGACCAUCAACAUUGAGCCUGACAUCAAGCGACUCCUCAAAGUUGCCAUAUAGAUGGGAGCUGCUUGACUCCUACUCAGUCCGUCCCUGUCAUUUUUAGGAUUCAGUGUGCCCUUGGGGUACUUCUGGAUCAGCCUUUCCCUCCAUCACCCUCUCUACCCAAGAGCCCUGCCUUUCCCAUCUCCCAUUUCCUUUUCCACUCUCCCCUCUGGUUGGUGAAUCAAUUUGGGGCUCUAUGACAGGUGGGCUCUGGGCCUUCACAGAGUGACGGCACCUCCCUAAACCGUAUGGGUGGUAUCUGAGAAGUGUGAAUGGCCGGGAGCCAGCCUGCUGGAUGAGUCCAAUAAAGUGCAGC